GUGGGUGUGACCCGUAAGUCUGAGCGUUUAUUCACGUACGAUCAGUCGCCCUUUGCCUUAGCGUCGUAAGGACAGACAUGGGUAAGACAGGUGGAAGAGGAGACUUUGAAUGGGUCUACAAUGAUCAGCCACACACUUCAAGAAGAAGAGAAAUAUUGGCUAAAUACCCAGAGAUCAAGACCCUCAUGGGCCCGGACCCCCAGCUGAAGUGGGUGGUGUCGGCCAUGGUACUCACCCAGCUCUUGGCCUGCUACAUGGUCCACACCCUCUCCUGGAAGUGGAUCUUCUUCUGGGCCUACGCCUUCGGCGGCUGCAUCAACCACUCCCUGACCCUGGCCAUCCACGAUAUCUCCCACAACGUUGCCUUCGGCAACAAGCUGGCCAAGUGGAACCGCUGGUUCGCCAUGUGGGCCAACCUCCCCAUCGGGGUCCCCUACUCGGCCUCCUUCAAGAAGUACCAUAUCGACCACCAUCGCUACCUGGGAGGAGACAAGCUGGACGUGGACAUCCCCACAGACAUCGAGGGCUGGUUCUUCUGCACGCCAGCCAGGAAGGUCCUCUGGCUCUUCCUCCAGCCCUUGUUUUACGCCAUUAGGCCCUUGGUUGUGAACCCCAAGCCCCUGUCUCUGCUGGAGGUGCAGAACGCCGCGGUUCAGGUGGUGGUGGACCUCAUCAUCUAUCAGCUCUGGGGACUGAAGCCUGUAGUUUACCUCAUCGCGGGAUCCAUCCUCUGUAUGGGACUGCAUCCCAUCUCGGGACAUUUCAUAGCAGAGCACUACAUGUUCCUGAAGGGCCAUGAAACGUACUCCUAUUACGGAUCGCUAAACAUGAUCACGUUCAACGUGGGGUAUCACAUGGAGCACCACGACUUCCCCAGCAUACCUGGGAGCAAACUACCUCAGGUGAAGCGGAUUGCGGCAGAGUACUAUGACAACUUGCCUCAGCACACUUCCUGGACCCGAGUACUAUGGGACUUUGUGUUUGACGACAGCAUCGGCCCCUACGCCCGGAUCAAACGGGAGUACAAAAUAGUCAAACAGGGUUAAUUAAGGCUGAUGGCACGUUUCGUUCUGACAUGAAUGUGAAACCAACGACGAAAGACUCUCUCCGUCCUCCCCUUCUGUCCGUUUAAAAAAUGUCCACAUUGUUUAGACGGUUGUGAUAAUGUAAUUGUGUACACUGCAAUUGUAUGUAAAGUAUGAAGUGGAUGUAUGUACAUUUCUUUGAAAAAUGAAAAGUUUGCCCUUAAUGCUCUCUACUUUACUGCGAGCAGGCUCUGCAUAUAUAGCAACAUUUUCAUAUCCUAUAGAAGGAUCAACUUUUAGAAGGAGUUUGACUGAAUUGGAGAAGUUGCCAAGAAGAGAACGUUUAAUAUUGUGUUGUAUUAACUAUAGAUACAUGAUCUUUAUCACCUUUAUAAUAUUAUAUAUUCCAUCAAAUGGUAUUGGUCUAUUUUUCUGAGGUCAAAGUCACAAACGUAUAUACAUUUUAUGAUUGAUUCAUAACAUUAACAAAGAUAACAUUAUUGCUCUAGAGUCAAGUCCAGUUGGUUGCUAUGGGGACAGAAUCAAGACUGAGACGUCUCAUGACCCUGAGGGGUGGAUCUACACUACAUCACGCCUGGUGGGCAGAGAAGAAAAUGAGCAUUGAGAUGUACCUCGGUGUGAAACGGGACGCCACUACAGUGUCGCUGCAUUCUGCUUUUGAUUAAACUGUGUUUCAAUGCCCUUAAUGUUAUCAGGAUUAACAUUACUAUUUAAAUAAAACAACAGAAACAGUCAUGGAUCAUUAUAAAU